UUGGCGUGAUAUGCUUACGUCUGCUCUCGUGCUCUUCAGUAUCACAUCUCAAUUCGAACAAUCAGACGUAUAAAAACAUUCUUCGUAAUAUGUAUAACGCGAAAACACCUGAAUUCGAUUUGGUAGUUUUUGGAAAAAUAAUUAGCAUACAUUGAGAAUACGGGUUAAUAAAAUUCAGAUACGGUGUGAAUGGUGGCAGAAAAUAACAGCAACCUGUGAAUAACAAUCGAUAUCUGCAAACUUAUAUCAGGAUAGGCGAAAAUCAUAGCACCAAUCCUUGGAACUAUAUCCAGACGUUCAAAAAACCAGUACCCACGAUGCAGGAAAAUCAAAACUGCCAGAACGCGUUCGCCAUUCCUGAUGUGAAAAAUCAAGCUGUAAAAGAAAUUUUCCAACUUUUAAACGCAGGAGAAACCAAAUUCUGCAACCUACGCGAACUUGACGAGGCAACCCUGAUCUUAGGUAAUACCGGUGUUGGAAAAACCAUUUUCACUCAAAGAAUUGUCGGAUACGAAGCAUCUCUCCAAUCAGUUGAAGAUGGUUUGGACUACACGAUCAUAAAAACCAACAACAACGAGAAGAAUGAUAAAUCCUUUAUAACAUCCGAUACUGUAUUUCCAGAACAAUUCAAAGACAACAGUACUGGCGCUGUAUAUUAUGAUUUACCAGGCUUCCUGGAUACCAGAGGAGCAGCUAAUGAUAUAACUACAACUUACUUCAUCAAGAAAAUAGUCGAUAAUGUGAAACGAGUUCGAAUGCUGCUUUUGAUUAACCAUACUUCCUUAACUAACACAGGAACUAGAGAUGAUUUCAUAUUACUUUUAUUACACGUGACCAAAUUUGUUAAAAACAUCGAUAAAUACAAAGAUGGGAUCGUUCUUAUCGCGACAAAAGUUCAAUACCCUCAAAAAUCAGAUGAAAAUGUCAUCUCUUCGAUAGCCGCAUUUAUCAAAAAAGCUAAAAACGAUUUGCAACAAAAACCUAACAGCAAUGUAUACUACACCAAUGUAAUAAAACUUCUGGACAUAUUACUACAACAAGAUGGAAACACGUAUCCGAAAAUCGCAAUUUCUCGAUCUCCUGAUCAGAAAGGGCUUUUGAGUGAGAUUCCAAUAGUGCAGGAAAACAUCAAGAAACUAAAAAACAUGCUGUCGAAGAUGAAAUUUAUUGAAAAAAAUAAUUCCGAUUUCGGUUACAUCAUACCGAAGAAAUCGCUCAUCGAUAUUGAUAAUAUUAUGGAUGAAAUUGGUCGAAACGCUGCUGCCAGUGCUCGAGAAAUUAGUAAAGAAGUGCAGAAAUAUUUAUCUGCCGAGGAAGAGCGAUUUUACGAUAUCUCCAAAUUGUACAAUCUUACGAGUACCAGACAUGACGAAUUACAAAAAUUGAAAGAAAAGUCCAAUAAUCACCGAGAAAUUGAAAAAUGUGUGCGAGAAGUUGAUAACGGCGCAGCUUCGAUGAAUAUCACCUCAGUUAACCAGAAAAAAUUGAUCACAUACGGUGAUUAUCUGUCAUUUUUGCACGAAGUUAGCGAUCACGCCAUAAAUAACGAAUUCAAAUGUGCAGACGGAUUGCAAGAUGUACUUCAGUUUUCAUACAGGUCGAAAAAAUGGUAUCAUUUUUUGAAUAAAUUGUACGAAAGGUUAUCCGGUUACGAAAUACAAAGUGAUACUCUCAAUAGCCCAUGUUCCUCGUUUGCUGAUCAUGUCCUUAACCAUAUUGAGAGUAAAAAAAAUUCUGAAUUCAAAAUCGAUCUGGUUGCAUUGAAAAAAUGCUACCCAAAUUACGAAUCCGAAUUCGAAGAUAUAAAAAGUAUAAUAGUUGAUAAACCGAAAUUAGAAGCCUUGGGCAAGGUGCUGCGCAUGACAUUGAAAAUCAAUCUAUCAUGUACAUGUGAUCAUGACAAAUUAGUAAUAAAAGGGCAAUACGUUAAAAUCGGAGAUGUACCAAACAUUCAAAAAGCUCAUUGCAUAGGAAAACCUAAAUUCACCGAAAUCUUUGCAUUGAAUGAGAUAUUUAUUAACGAAGAUUUGGAUAAAACAGGAGCAGCACAACUCUCAAUUGUAGCUCCUGUAUGGAAUAUUCAGGGUACUCGCCGAAUCACACUUGAUGGUGAGUCUGCAAAAGCUCACUAUUCGGCAACAGCAUCUGAUGGAACGGGUUUAGGAGAUCGCGGCACAGAUGGUUCGCCUGGAUUACCUGGAGGUCCAGCAGGAAAUUUCUUUGGACUAGGUGAUACUUUUAAGAGUCUGCAAGGCCUUACAAUUUCUGUUAGGGGUGGUAACGGAGGACCGGGUCAAAAUGGGGGUGACGGUCUAAGGGGUCGGGAUGGUGCUGAUGCUCAGGACUAUGUUAGAAUAAGUAAGGAUGUUGGUGAUGCUAUUGGCAACGUCGUUAGCCUUGGGCUUCUCAUAAGAGGUACUCCAAAGUCCGAUAAAUAUAAGAUAUUAAAGUGGAAUGACAAUGGUUCAGAUUAUGAAAUCCUAGUCGGUGGUGAACAUGGCCAAAAAGGAGGAGAUGGUGGCGAUGGUGGUGCACACGGUCUUGGGGGAAACCCAGGUGAGAUCAAAUUCUUUUCUUUGGCAUCUUCCGAUACAAACGAUGUACAAAAAGUGAGAGGGGUUGGAAGCAAUGGUUCAGAUGGUGUAGGUGGUAAAGGUGCUGCAGGAGGAAAAGAUGGAAACCAUCUCAGAGUUGACGUACCAUGGUUAUUAAAAUGGUUUAGAAGUGUAAAAAAGUGGCCAGUUCCAAUUGACAGUCGAGCAGACAAUGGUGAUCGCGGUAGAGAUGGUUAUAAUACGGUGGGAAGAAAAUAUCCAGAACAUGGUGAAAACUUUUCAGAUCCAUGGAAUAUAGUGAACGAAUACAAGAAUUACGCGGGGCAAAACCUGGAACACAGUGUUCGAGAAUUAUUUCUAAUGGGUUUUCUUCGCAAAUUAGAGAAUGAUGCGCGUUUUCAAAACCACCACAGACAACGUCGUAAUAUAAAUCGCUCGGAUUCAACGCAAAUCAUUCAUCACAAAAAUGCACUUAGAGCAAAACAUAUCAGAAUUUCACGUACACUGAAGGCAAUCACGUUGAGCAACAAAAAGAGUAUUGACGAAAUUGAAAAUACUCCAAAUUCACAAAAUCUAGAUACAAAUAAAAUCAAUAGAGUCAUUGUAGAUGAUUUUUCUCCUGCAAAAAAUGCUGGUGUCAGAAUCAACUCACCUAUCAACUUUGCCGUCAACUUCGUGAGCAAUUUUUUCGGGAAAAUGCAGCUCUUGCAGCUCUUCAGCUUUGCCAAUAUAAUGAAUUACGGAUUGGCGAAAAGUAACAUCGAAUUCAUGUUCAGUGGUUCAAAACCUUCGCACGAUUACACCAAUACUGAAGGAAAUACUAACCACGUAAUGAAACCUGGAAAUUUUAACAUCAAUGAGUCACUGGUGUUGGCCAAUUUCGCAAUUCGUUGCGUAACAAAACAGAAAUUUUACAAUAGUGAAGAGAAAUCUAUGGAUUUAUCAGAGGUGAGAGCCUCUGUGCUCAAUAUUAUCACUGCAUUCGAAGAAAUACUCUGUGGUAUAUCAGCUGAGUACAAUUUACCUCCGGAAUCUUUGGAAUUCGAUCCAGUAACACUGAUUUCAAAACUUGAAAGGGAAAUAAUUAAUAAAAAUUACGAAAAUGUGGGGGAGAUAAUGUAUCAAACUAUUGACAGCAAUGUCUAUCUAGACCAUCCCCAGUCUCACGUUUUCAUACUGAGCAAACUUCAUGAAAUAUUGGAAAAACAGAAACACGAUUUUGAGGCUCGAAACACACAAAAUGAUGACCUUACAUCACAUAAUGCGAGCAAUGGUUUCAGAAUGGAAAUCUACGACAAUUGUAACAUGAAACAGAUUGAUGCAAGCCCCCAAAACUUUGAACAAAUAACCGCUUUUAAUUUAAAAUAAAACGUUUAAAUAUUAUGUACCUGUUUCAUAGGGCAAUGCCAUGUCAAAUCAAACAAGGACUGUAUGUACUAUGGAUCAUCAAUUUCAAUUUUUUUAAAAACAUUUUUCGUGUGUGCAUAGGCCAUCAAACGAUGAAAAAUUCAAUUCAACUUGAACUCUUUUUUUUUUUUUUUCUUUAAUUAGCUACAGGAUGUCUAACAAAAUUUCAAAAUGAAAAAGUAGGACUUCAGUAGAACUUUUAGCAGAACUU